CACGCAUCCAGUCUGGAAGGAAUUAGACAGCUGAAACAGCGGCUGAGAGAGACUUUAGCCACUUCUGUGUGCUCUGUGUAACCUGGAUGCUUGGGGAGACUAAAAUACUUACCUUGAUACCCCCCAAGAGACCUGAAGCUGGCUACAGAGAUUUUAUCACUAAAAAAUACUUUUUCAUGCUUUUUAAGUUUUUUUCCUGAAUUUUUCGUACUUUUUGCAACUUCUAUAAACUUUUUAAAAUAUGACUAAAACUAUACGAAGCUGAUAAAGAUUAUUAAUAUAUUUUUACAGCUUUGAUUUUAUUUAACUUUUAAUAUAUCUGAUGCCAAAGUUCACUGACAAGAAGUUUGUAAUUGUACACCAAAGAUGCAUGUGGCCCCAGACUGAUUAGUUAAAGGACAAGCAGUUUCUCUUAUUCUCGUGAAUAAGGAUUGUUUUUUAUUUAUUUUUAUUAUUAUUUAUGAGGGCAUUAUUGAGUGGAUUCAUGAAAAUCGCUGCCGAUCAAACGUUUUUGCCAAUUUUUUCACUUUUGGACCGCUACCAGAGCUGACGGAGGUGACCGCAUCCCUUCUGCGGACCAACUAGCGAACAGCAGCUGCUUCAAGAUGAAGUGUCAGAGAGUCUUAACAUACCUGAGGAUAUUUGGGACCACCAUGUUCGGCAUCUCUCUCCUGGUGGGCAUCUCUACAGCCUACAUCAUGGGCUAUCAAUUCUUCACGACAGCCCACAAUCAUUUAUCGUUUGGCUUGUAUGGUGCUAUCUUGGUUGUCCACCUCAUCAUCCAGAGCCUUUUUGCACUCCUGGAGCACAGAAACAUGCGGCGCUCCUUGGAGACACCGAUCAAACUGAACAAGUCCUUGGCAUUGUGCAUUGCUGCCUAUCAGGAGGAUCCAAACUAUCUUAAAAAGUGCCUGGUGUCAGUGAAGAGGCUGACAUAUCCAGGGAUUAAAGUGAUUAUGGUGAUCGAUGGGAACUCAGAAGAUGACAUGUACAUGAUGGAAAUCUUUAAGGAAGUUAUGGGAUGGGACAACUCAGCGACAUACGUGUGGCAGAGUAAUUAUCACAUCCAAAGUCCAGAGGAGACAGACGAGAGCUACGCUGAGAGCCUUCAGCAUGUUUCCAGACUUGUUCUCAGCAAUAGGUUUGUGUGCAUCAUGCAGAAGUGGGGAGGCAAGAGAGAAGUCAUGUACACGGCCUUCAAAGCACUGGGAAGGACCAUGGACUAUGUACAGGUGUGCGACUCCGACACUAUGUUGGAUCCAGCAUCUUCAGUGGAAAUGGUGAAGGUUUUAGAGGAGGACCCAAUGGUUGGAGGUGUUGGAGGAGAUGUACAGAUCUUAAAUAAGUAUGAGUCAUGGAUCUCCUUCCUGAGCAGCGUUCGCUACUGGAUGGCCUUUAACAUUGAGCGGGCUUGCCAGUCAUACUUCGGUUGUGUUCAAUGCAUCAGUGGGCCUCUAGGAAUGUACCGAAAUUCUCUCCUGCAUGAAUUUCUUGAAGACUGGUACAAUCAGACCUUCAUGGGAUCCCACUGCAGCUUUGGGGAUGACCGUCAUCUUACAAACCGAGUGCUCAGCCUUGGGUAUGCAACAAAAUACACUGCACGGUCAAAGUGCCUUACCGAGACACCUAUUACAUAUCUGCGAUGGCUAAAUCAACAGACUCGAUGGAGUAAGUCUUAUUUUAGAGAAUGGCUUUACAACUCUAUGUGGUUCCACAAGCAUCAUCUAUGGAUGACGUACGAGGCUGUGAUCACAGGAUUUUUCCCAUUUUUCCUCAUUGCAACUGCAAUCCAGCUCUUCUUCCAAGGACGACUCUGGAAUAUUUUGUUGUUUCUACUCAUUGUGCAGGCAGUGGCAUUGAUCAAAUCAUCAUUUGCCAGUUGUCUCAGAGGCAACAUUGUCAUGGUUUUCAUGUCCUUCUAUUCAGUACUGUAUAUGUCAAGUCUGUUACCAGCCAAAAUGUUUGCAAUAGCAACUAUUAACAAGUCAGGCUGGGGGACCUCUGGGAGGAAAACAGUGGUGGUGAACUUUAUUGGUCUGGUUCCAAUAACUAUCUGGUUCACCAUUCUUUUUAUUGGGAUUAUUUAUACUAUAAUCCAACAGACUAAAAAAACUUUUCCUCAAUCAGAAGAGAUUGUGCUCAUUGUUGGGGCAGUAGUUUAUGCCAGUUAUUGGGUGAUAUUGUUGACACUAUAUACUGUCCUUAUAAAGAAAUGUGGAAAGAGGAAGAAGGAAGCACAUUAUGAUAUGGUGCUGGAUGUUUGAACCUAAAGACAAAAAGCACCACUAACCAGCGAACUAUCAUCAGUUUUUAUAUUGUUGUUGUUUACAAAAUACUUUCUAUUGAGAACAACUCUGGUGGCAAAAUUGGUUAAGUUUUACCACAAUGGACAAAGAAAAGGUUUAAAUGCAACUGUUAACCAAUCAUGGGGAUUAUCAAUCGAAUGCUAACUGGACAUCUUUGAGAUCUCAGAGUGGCACGUUGCCAUUAUUAUCAAAGUUGGCUAAAAAGAGUGCAAGCCUUUGUAAUUUUAGCUACCUCCUACUAUUGUCAUAUCCACUGGGCAUCUGUCUAAUGUAACUAACUUAGCCAGAGAAACUGUGGAUUUUUAGCUUUUCUAUUGGGGUUCAACUUGACCAGAAUGAAUAUUUUCUUUCCCAGAGAGUCAUUGUCACUAAGAAAUGACUGUACACCAAAAACUGAGAGUGUUUGAAGUAUUUCCAUAUUGAAAGGGAACUAUAAGACUAUCAGUUAAGUCCCACUAUCAAACAACUGCACAAGGACUAUUGCAAGCGGCACCACCUCUGAGCAACUAGUGUCACCAGAGCACCUAAAUAAUCUCUUUGUUGGGUUUUUCACAAUAUCAACAUGCAGCAGGGCAAUAAGUAUUAAGGAAAAAAGGUUUUUCUCAGUAAACACAUUUCUAAUAGGGCUAUUGAAAUGAAAUUCAUACUAGAUGCUGGUUAAAACCCAAGUAAUCUACACCUACAAAGCAAAGAUAACAAAUUAGUCCAUAAAUCAUGUGUAAUGAAGUGAAGUGACACAGGGAAUUAUUAUAUAAUAUGCUUACUAAAAUGCAUUCAAUAUUUGUUUGGGGAACUUUCCCUUUUCUUGGUAAUGACAAGUUCAAGUCAUCUCCUAUAUUGACAAACUACUCUCAUGCAAUGUUCAGAUGUGAUUAGUCCAGUCUUCCACAAAACUGUCUUAUAAAUUGCUACGGCUCUGGGCGGAGGGUCUGUUUCCUGGAGCCCCUUGCAUAGAUUUUUUAAUUGGAUUCAAGUCUAGUGAUAAACUGGGCCAUUGUAGCAGCUUUAUCUUUAUUCUUGGAAUGCAGUUGAAAGUUUUCUAGUCUAAUCAAGAAAGUCUAUCUACAUUUCUUCAUUCAUUCUUCUUUAAGUUAUAUGAAGCCUGUCAGUGAAUGCAUUAUCAUUAUCAUAAUGCAUUUCCUAAAAGACCUUAUCAAGACCAUAAAAAGGUCUUAAAAACUAAAUAGCGCAAAAUGUCUCCAAGAUCUUUUGAGGUUUACCUUUCUAUACUUUUUGGUAGCUUCUGUUUUCAUAUUUUUAAUACUUGUUCACAGAGAUAUUACGCAUCAUUAAACAUAAUUUUAUUUUACAGACACGCUUAUUUUGACUUCUUUGUAUGUAUGACUUACAUUGGGUUUUACCAAUAGAUAGUACGAAUUUCAUCUAUACCCCAUUAGAAUACAGAGACAACAUUUCAGUUACAUACCUAUUACUACAACUGCACAGACAAACUGCAUUUGUUUUACUAAAAUGAAUAUGUGCGCUGUUUCAGUGUACUUGUUGCAUCCAGGGUAAUAAAUUGGUGUGCCUUCUCAGUGUUUUAACAGUUGCAGUACCAGUUUACAAAGCACAAAGGGCUUUAAAAUGAAGAGCUGCUUUCAGCUGCGCUCAUGUCGUAUGGGAAGCAUCCAAAGACCUAUCUGUGAACUGCACCUGCUUUAAAGGGUCAGGGAUUGUCUCUAGUGUAUUCCACUCUAAGAUGUACCAGCCAACGUUGCAAGGUUCAACACAGAACUAUCUUACUGUGAAGCAACAAUGCUAACAAUGCUACUUAUGGCACUGUGCUGCAACAAUAAUGGAAGGAUCAUACUGUUUCAUACAGUGGUCUAUAAAACAAUCUUACACGUUAAUUUUAGUAGAAACUAUAAGUAUCUGAAACUGACAAUAGAAUAAGGUCAUGUUCCUUGAUUUUGGUACCAAGGAAUAUAGAGCACUUGCUGUUAUUGGUACGUUUAAAUGUACUCUGGAGUACGACAUAUCAUCCAUCACAGAAACUACGAACUUCCCUCUUCUGUCAGUAGGCCUAAAUUUAGCAAUGACUGAUGCAUUUUUAAUUAAUUUAGAAUUAGCAUGAAUGUUGAAUGUAAAUCAGUGUAUCAAAUGGUAACAGACAAAUAAUGUUCAUAAAUGAUUCCAUAUGACAUGACUGCAGGACUUCUCAGUGUUUACAAAAUGGAUAAUUGUUUGAUAUAUUUCUGACUUGAUCAGAUGAACAUGCGACCACAAGCGAAAGACUUUGCAUUGCUGCUGCUGUGACUUUAUUUUUGCUGAAACAUUGAAUAUUGUUUCCAAACUUUCUCUAAAUAAAUUAGGACUGUAUGUUACAAAAUAAAAUGGUUUGUAACAGUCCUACUGAUAAUAUAUUUAUUUCAACCUAGUUGACUGAUGACCACCAAGCUGAUGAAGUGGACGUGUUACAAUCCAAGGACUGUGAUUUUUGCUUUCCACGUAUCUUUGCUUCCUUACCUUACCUUUUGCUCCAUACCUUACAUAUUGUGUUAAGGAGAAUGAGGCCACACCUGCUUGCGCCUUUUGACUCUGUACAAGGAAUCAAGUCUAAGUAAAGAAGAAAUUGUUACUGUGGGAAAAGUACUACCUGAUAAUAGGAAUGUAAACAAGGGCACUUGAUGGAAGGGAACAUUUUUGGAUGAAACAACCCACUGUUUGCCAUGGAUCAGGUGCUAAUAUGAGUUUAAAUGUUAUGCGCUUCUGCAUCUCUCCUGUCCUCCAGCAUGAUGCUUGAUAUAACCAAGAUAAAAUACCUCUCUGCAUUGCAUCACAGUGUCACAAUGUUGUGCAAAAACUGAUGCAAUAGGAUGGAUUCCAGGAGUUUAUGAUCUGUUUUUAAAAUUUAAAUAUAAAACUGUCCAUGUUUUUCUACACAGUUCCAUAUCAAGACUGGAAGAGCUGGAUUUUUUUUUUUUUUUUUGCCAUGUUUAAUUUCUUUGCUGUAGCAGUAUUUUUACUAUGUAUUUCAAUGCCUUUUGUAUGUAUGUAGAGAGUUUUGCUUUAUUUUUUCAUAUAUACCAAAGAAUUUAGUUUUCAUUUUCAUUCAUGUUUUGAUAAGAAAAAAAGUAUGUGCUGUACUUUUAACUGUUCCAACAGUUACUUAUAUCUGACCAAACAAUGUGAAAAUAUGAGCUGGGAGAGUGAGUUUUUUCUGCAAUAACAAUUUUAAAUGCAAUUUGUUGGAAUAAGUUAUUGUUUUUUUAUUUGUAUUUGAGUAGACAAGCACCAUAUUUAUUUAAGAUGAUUCUGUGCUUUAUAAAAAAUCUUUAAAAUAUUGUCAUUUACAUAUCAAAUCCUCAGAUUACAUUUCUACGCUGCAAAAAUCAAAUAAAUAUUUUCAGUUUUUAAGAUAUUUUACAAAGGAAAAUAAUUGUUGGUCUUUCUGCAUCAUUUUCUAAACAAAUCUAUGGAGUCUACAACAAUUAAUAAAAGCAAAGUGGACUGAA